CAUGGGCGGGAUCAGCCACCAGCACUAUAAGUAGGGCUGGUGACGAUCCACCCCAGCAAACCAACUGCUGAACCCCGGCAAAGCACCUGCUGAACCCCGGCGCGUGGAGCAGGCAGCGUGGGCCGGGUGGAGGAGGCGCCCAGGAGGAGCUGUGGUGAGGGUGUCCUGUGCUGGGGAGCCCAACGGCAUGUGCUUGAUGCCAGCGCAGUGCCCAUAGGCUCUGGCACACCCGGGACAUGGAUCACAGCGCUGGGACAGGUCCAUAGGGCUCCCCAGCAGGUGCCAGGCGAUGGCAGGAGCUCAGGUGGGGCUCCUGGGAACCUUCCCGGAGCCCCCGGUUGGGCAGUGCCCUGUCUCUGAUUCCGACUCCGACUUCGAGGACGCGGCUGUGGGUGGCACAGGACCCGGUGCUGGGGCACAGAACCCCUCCCAGGUCAUCCACAGCGGCCACUUCAUGGUGUCGUCCCCGCACAGCGACGCGCUGCCCCGGCGGCGGCACCACCACACCAAGCCCGAGCCGGCUGAUCCCCGGAGCAUCGACCCGACCCUCACCCGGCUCUUCGAGUGCAUGAGCCUGGAGUACAGUGGGAAGCUGGUGUCACCCAAGUGGAAGAAUUUCAAGGGGCUGAGGCUGCUUUGCCGGGAUAAAAUUCGUCUCAACAACGCGAUCUGGAGAGCGUGGUACAUCCAGUAUGUGGAGAGGAGGAAGAACCCUGUGUGUGGCUUCAUCACCCCUCUGGAGGGGUUGGAGGCUGAUGAGCACCGAAAACCAGAGGCUGUUGUGCUGGAGGGGAACUACUGGAAGCGCCGCAUUGAGGUGGUGAUGAGGGAGUACCACAAGUGGAGGAUCUACUACAAGAAGCGGCUCCGAAAGUCCACCCGGGAGGGAGAGAUCUCCAGUCCAAAGCAGGAUGAGGGUGUCUGGAGGCCAACAGAGAAAUGGUGCAACCAGCUCUUCUGCAACGUGGUGCCAAUGCUGCUUGGGGAUGAGGAAGAGGAGCCUGGGAGCAGGCAGCACUUUGACUUGGACACCUUCCUCUCAGACAUAUCUGACACCCUCUUCACCAUGACACAGAUGCCCAGCACUCACCAGGCACUCCCCGAGGACGCAUACAUUGGGAAUGCAGACAUGAUACAGCCGGAUUUGGCACCUCUGCAGCCCAGCCUGGAUGAUAUGGACAUCUCAGGUAAGAGCCAGCCUGGAUGUGGUACCACAUCCCACACAGCCCUGCACCCCUGCCAAUUGUGGGGUGCUGACUCCCCAACUCCCUUUCCCUCUGCCUUCUCCUAGCAGCAGAGCACUGUUCCCGAAGUCCCUGCCACCUUCCUCUCCAGAAUGGCCCAGCUGAGCCCAGGACUGGCUCCUGGCUCCAGCCCAUCCCCAGUGGUGCCGGUGCCGCUGGCAGGCAUGCAGCCGGGCUCCCUGAGAGUCCCCAAGGCAGAGCAGCUAUCUCCCACCUCAGCUUGUGACAGCAACUGGCGCAAGCCCAGCCAGGCUUCUCCAGGACCCACUGCAGGGCUGGGCACUGGCACCUCCGUGCACCACCCCGUGUCCCGUCGGGGCAGGCCUGAGUCCAACAAGCUGGAGAGCCGCCGCAUCACGCACAUCUCCGCCGAGCAGAAGAGGCGCUUCAACAUCAAGCUGGGCUUCACCACGCUGCACAGCCUGGUGAGCACGCUGAGCACCCAGCCCAGCAUCAAGGUCAGCAAGGCCACCACCCUGCAGAAGACAGCUGAGUACAUCUGCAAGCUGCAGCAGGAGCGGGCGGCUCUGCAGGAUGAGGCACAGCGGCUGCGGGAGCAGAUUGAGGAGCUCAACAGCUCCAUCAACCUGUGCCAGGAGCAGCUGCCAGCCACGGGGGUGCCCAUCACGCGCCAGCGCUUCGACCACAUGCGUGGCAUGUUCGACGAGUACGUCCGCUCCUCCACACUGCAGAACUGGAAGUUCUGGAUCUUCAGUAUCAUCAUGCGGCCCCUCUUUGAGUCCUUCAAUGGGAUGGUGUCCACGGCAAGCAUGGAGAGUCUCACCCAGACAUCCCUGGCCUGGCUGGACCAGCACUGCUCCCUCCCAGCACUUCGGCCAACCGUCCUGAGCUCCCUGCGGCAGCUGAGCGUCUCCACUUCCAUCCUCAGCGACCCUGCCCGUGUCCCCGAGCAGGCGGCGCGGGCGGUGGCGGCGCUGGGACGCGGCGCCUCCUCUGCCGUGUGCCCGGUGCCGGUGUCCUUCCCUGUGCCGCUGCCCCGCCGGUGCCGGUAUCCUGCUGGUGCCAGUGUCCCGCCUCCUCCCGCCGUGACCGCGCUCUCUCCGCAGGGCCACAGCAGCCCGGUGACCUGCCUGGACUUCAGCAGCAACGGGAAGUACCUGGCGUCGUGCUCCGAGGACCGCACGGUGCGGCUGUGGAGCACCCGGGACCUGGCGGGGCGGGAGCACCGCUGCCUGCGCGCCAACGUGGGGCUGGACCACGCCGAGCUCGUCCGCCUCAGCCCCGACUCACGGGCUUUCAUUGUCUGGCUGGCAAAUGCCGAGACUAUUCGUGUCUACAAGAUGACCAAGAAGGACGAUGGGAGCUUCACCUUCACCGCAAGUUCUGGGGACUUCCCAAAGAAGCACAAAGCUCCCGUCAUUAACAUAGGGAUUGCAGAGACAGGAAAGUUUAUCAUGACAGCUUCCAGUGACACCACCAUCCUGAUCUGGAGCCCAAAGGGAGAAGUCCUGUCCAGCAUUAACACCAACCAGAUGAACAAUGCCUACGCCACGGUGUCACCCUGUGGGAGGUUUGUGGCAUCCUGUGGCUUUACCCCUGAUGUGAAGGUGUGGGAGGUGUGUUUUGGCAAGAAUGGAGAAUUCCGAGAGGUGACCAGGGCUUUUGAGUUGAAGGGCCAUACUGCUGGGGUACAUUCCUUCUCCUUCUCCAACGACUCGAGGAGGAUGGCGACGGUGUCGAAGGACGCUUUCCACAGCCAGAGUUUUGCCUCUCACUUAGUGAAGUGCCCCCAAAGGGAAGGGAAAAGGCCGACUUGA